ACGCAUCAGAGGGAGAAAUGGAAAUGAUAAAAGAAAUGGACAGCCUCCCUUCCAUGACGUUAGACACUGGUGAUGAAAUGAAGACAGAUACCGAAGCUGGGAUGGCAGAUCUAUUGCCGAUAGGCCCAAAAUUUCAAUUCAUUGCUACUGCUAAACAAACAAAUGAAUGUCUGCUGGACAGCAAGUCCACUUGGGAAAAGCCAUCAAAGGCUAUUGAAAUAGCAGAUAAAAAGUCCUCCCAUCCUCAAGCACAAUGUGUGCCAUAUUAUGUGAAGCCUGAAACUGAGUACAAACAGUACACUUUUUCAGAAGCUUGUCCCAGUGUGACAAACAUUGCUGGCAUGUCGUCCAAAUUACCUGUAAAGGAAAAACACUGGCUGAGAGAUCAAAAGCCAAUCUGGGAGAAACAGUUAAAAAUGAAGGUAAAAUUACCACGAAAUGCUUCAAAGGCUGAUAAAAAGAACAAGAAGAAAAUGUUUUUACUGGUACCUUCUUGCCCAAGAGAGGCCAGAAAUCCAGGGUUUCCAUCUGCACCACAAUACAGUUUAGUUUUUUAUGGAUCAAAUAUGGGGGAUAUUUAUCCUGCUUGUCCAAAUGUAGCCAACAUACCUGGUUCACUAUCAGUCAGUGAAGCCAAUAACAGAUCAUGGGUAUCUCAACAGGAACCACUUUUAGAGAAGACAAUGAAAACUGAACUUUUAAUCACAGAGUCACCAGACGAGAAGGUUGAAAUAGAACCAAUGGGAGCUGUGGUACGAACUUGCCCAAAACAUUCUUGCCUACGAGGCAUCCCCUCAAUUCCACAACCUACUGUAGCACAUCACGAAUCAAAUAUGAUGAGCCUUUUAAACUCUUGCCCCAAAACCUCUUGCAUUGAAGGUAUCCCAUCAUUGACUGAACAUUUGAGCAAAAGCUGGGCUACAGAUUACAAGCCAGUAGGGGUAACAUCGCCAAAAAUCAACGCAGUCAUGAUUGAAGAGAGACCUCACAAUGAUGACAUAAAGGCAAUGUCAGCUUUAGCCCCAACUUGUCCAAAAGAAGCUUGUACCCCUGGAUUCCCAUCUGCUCUGGAUCUUACAGUAAUCUGUAAUACAUAUAGUGGGGUCAAUCUCCUUCCAUCUUGCCCAGCCACCUCAAGUAUAGCUGGUUUUCCUUCAAUACAGAAAGCUGACAGCAAAGACUGGAACACUAUUCAUCAACUAUUAUGGGAGAAGCAAAAUAAAAAAGAGUCUGUAUUACUACUGGAGGAUAAUAAAAUUGACAAAGACAUGAAAGGAGUUGUGUCUCUUGCACAAAGCUGCCCAAGAGAAUCACGUAUUGCUGGGUUUCCCUCUGUACCAAAACCUAGAGUGACUGAUGUUGACAUGGCAAAUAUGGUCAGUUUUUCAUGGUCAUGCUCAAAAGUGUCACAAAGACCAGGAAUUCCAUCAUCACAUACUUCAAAAGAGUGGACAGUGAGCAAGGAACCACUAUUUGAAUCACGAUUAAGAGAAAAGCAGGGAUCAUUGAUUGACAUAUGUGAAGAAGAUAUGAAAGCAAAGAAAGCAAUGGUUUCUCUUGUGCCAUCUUGUCCAAAAGAGGCACGGAUGCCAGGAUUCCCUUCUCAUCCAAAUUCUCAAACUUUGUAUUGUGCACCAAAUAUGAUCAGCCUUUUUACACUGUGUUCCCAAGGUUCCCAAAUUCCUGGAUUCUCAUCAGUUGAUGGGGAUAUGAGUAUAGGAUGGGUAAUAGAAAAGGGGUCAUUGCUGAAGAGGCUACCAAAGAAGGCGGUCAUAUUUGACACACCAAAUGACAACAAAAAGAUAAUGAAGAAUAUGGUGUCCUGUGUACCAUCUUGUCCUAAAGUGUCAAGUAUUCCUGGUUUCCCAUCUAUUCCGAAUCCCAAAAUAGUGUAUUAUGGUCAAAAUGUGAUCAGCCUCCUUCCUUUGUGCCCCCUAAUUUCUAUCAUACCUGGAUUUCCAUCUGUUGAAGGGCACAAGGAGCAAGGAUGGGGUGCUGAACUGGGUUCACUGAUGCACAGACCACAAAAGAACUUUCAGUUUAGGAUCAACAGCUCACCAAUCAACAUAGAUGAACCACACAACAUGCUUGCCUUGGUGCCUUCUUGUCCAGGAGCAUCAAAGAUUCCAGGCUUCCCAUCUGUUCCCCGAUACAAUAUGCUGAAUCUUGUACCUGUUUGCCCCAAAGUAUCCAAACUCCCUGGAUUUGCCUCAUUUGAAGGGACAUCAGAAUUCCAAUGGCUUCUUGAUCCCCACACUUUGUAUGAUAGGCCAUCAAAGGAGAAAGUUUCUGUGAUACACAGUCCAAAUCAAGACGAAGAAACUGCAAAGGUGAUGUUGGCUUUAGCACCAUCUUGCCCAGAAGCAUCCAGGAUCCCUGGGUUCCCCUCUGCACCUCAAACCAAAUCCAAGAUUGAACCUGAUAUGAUAAGUUUCGUACCCUGCUGCUCCAGUGCUUCAAAUCUCAAAGGAUUUGCAUCAGUGGCUACAAUCCCAAGCACAGGGUGGCUAAAUGAAACAAAACCAAUUUUGAUAAAGUCUCAGGAGAAGAGGGCAGAAAUGAUUUUAUCACUUGCUGGACAGGACCAUCUAUGUAGCAACAGCAUGAAAGGCAUGGUGACUUCAGUAACAUCUUGUCCAAAAGAGGCCAGAGUACAUGGUUUUCCUUCUGCUCAAGUUGCCAACAGACCACCAAACAUGGUCAGCUUAUACACAUCUGCUCCAUGUGUUUCAUGUACCCCAGGUUUUCCAUCAGCAAGGAUGCUUAGCUCUGAAUGUACAGAUAUACAAAGUAGAACAACACACAGCACGUCCCUGUUUGAGAAGCUGCAGAAUGAGAAGAUUUUUUUCAGUGCAAAAUUCCCAGGCAAAGAUAAAAAUGAACAAGAUGAAAUGAAGUACAUGGUUGCAAUGGCUCCAUCAUGUCCACAUUUGACUCGAAUCCCUGGGCUCCCCAGCAUUUCACAAUUGGAACCAGCAGAGAAAGAAGCAAUGACUAUUCCAGUUCCUUGUUCUGUAGAGAAGCAUACAUCACAAGAAAUGCCUCUUGCACAGUCAACUGAGUCAUAUCAUAAAGACCCAAGAAUUCCUGAUGUUCCCCCCACAUCUCUUAUCCUCCCCAGCACAGCACUUACAUAUGAGGAGAAAUUCAAAGACGGUGCAAAGCAAAACAUAGACCUUUGUGUAGAUAAUGGGUAAGUUGAAGAGCCUAGUGCUCUCGCAUUGUUUGCUGUGAAAGCGGUCAGUUUAGUGCUUGCCUAGCAUGGACAGUUUGGACCAAUAAACGAUAGCUUUUGUAACUCGACAAUGCAGUGCAUGGUAAAUUUCAACAUCUGUGUGAAGGCUAUAUUUCAUUACAUUUUUUGAUUAUGUUGCUGCCUGACUUCUGUGGAUCACGUCUUAAACUGCU